UUACAAUUAUUAAUUUAAAUAUAUUAAUUAUUUUGAUAUGGGUUUUAAAUUUUUAAUACAGUUAGAUAGUUUAAAUAUAAAUAUAUAAAGUUAAACUAUAUAUAGUUAUUUUUGAAUAAAAUAAUUGAUGUAAAUUAUAUUUGAUGAAUGCUCGUAUGAAAUAUGGUCUCAACCAAUUCAAAUUAGGGUUAAAUUAAACCGAUUAUAAUCCGAAAAAUAAUUGUAACUAAGCUUCAAAAUAAUCGAUCCAAACUCAAAUCAAAUGAGUAGAGUGUCCAGACCUAAGGAAAGUGUAUUGAAUCAAAAAUUUAAAAUGAUCUGAUUUUAGUGAGCUUUACAUGAUUUUAGGUGAAUAUUAUAAUUUGAUGUGAUUUUUGUUAAACAAGUCUAGAAUUUCAUCUAAAAUCAUAGGAUUUGGAUUUAAUUUUUAUAACUAAGAAAUUCCUAAACAUUUAAAACAUUCUAAAAUUUCAAACUUAAAUUUUAUUCAAUAAAAGUGGAUUUCAGAAUGUUUUUAUAAAAUGACAAGUUCAAUAAUACUAAAUUUUAAAGUGGUUUUUAAAAUCCUCGUUUGAAUAACAGUGGAUUUAUCAUUUUAAUACAAAUCAUCUGAAACUCUUAGUUGAAUACACGAUUUUUCCGUUCCUAAAACAUUCACGUUUAAAAAAAACAUAUUUCAAAAAAUAUAUUUUUUACAUUUUCAAUGCAUAAAUUAAUUAUUAAUUAUAAAUUUUAAAAAACAUAAUCGUGUUUAUUAAAAUUCUUUUGGUUAAAACCCUUGUUCUAAAACGCGGCGGCUUGGUCCGAGAACGCGGCGGAUAAACGUUAAACGGCUGUGGACCGUGGCGAUUUCAAUCUAAUCGGGUGAAAAAAUCGGAUGGUAGGAUAAAUCUCAAGUUUUUGUUCUUUUUAACCCAGAAACCAAAUGUUCUACGUAAGAUCUAUGACAUAGGUGCUAAAACAGCAAGAAAAAACAAGGAGAAGAUGGAAGAUCGAGAAAAAAAAUCAGCAGCCGUCGUGAUUAAAAUUGCAGAGAAAUAAACCCUAUAGGAAGAAGAUAACUGUUAAAUGACGAAAUUACCCCUCUUUAAAUGAAAACUCGAAAAUACAUUUAAUUCGCACUGAAUUUGCCUCGAACCAGAGUUGGGAGUUGAUAAUAAACAACACUAAACCACCACACCACCAUGAAUCUCUUGUAAUCUGUAGCAAUAUAUUAAAUAUAUUCAAAAUAAUAUAAAAAUGCCCUAAAAUAAAUCCCCGAUUAAUCCCCGUAUAUUCUCCGAUUUAUUGAUUCGGCGCUAGGCGUCACCCGACCGAACGCGUUACGCCUAGCGUAGUUUCGAACAAGGGUUAAAACAUAAUCGUGUAUAUUUUCUUAAUAAUUGUGAAAAUCCUAAAAAUAUAUUUUUUUUUAAGACAGAGGAGUAUAUAAAUUAUAGGUUUUCUCAUUUAUCAUUUUAUCCAAUCUAUAAAUCCUAAGAAUGUUACUCCAUCUGCUCAAAUCCACUUUUCAUCAGCGACAGAUAUGAACUUCACUGUCUGCUCUGUUUCUCGAUCCUACAUCAUCGCACCGCUGAAACAAAAAAAACAGAAACGAUAUGAUUUCAUCGUGAUCAUAUACCCAAAUGUCUGUUUUGUUUCGUCUCACUUCAAAGGUCGCGUCUUUGGCCAAAUCAGGUCGCAUAGCCACCGCCCGCCAAGUGUUCGACGAAAUGCCUGAACGAGACACCGUUGCGUGGAACACAAUGCUAACGAGCUAUUCCCGGUUAGGUCUACAUCAGGAAGCUAUUUCGAUGUUCACCCACUUGAGAUUCUCCGACGCUAAGCCUGAUGGUUACUCCUUUACAGCGAUCUUGAGCACUUGUGCGAGUCUACGUGAUGUUAGAUUCGGAACACAGAUUCACUCUCUUGUUAUAAGGUCUAGCUAUGGUGCUUCGUUGGAGGUGAACAAUUCUCUUAUUGACAUGUACGGUAAGUGCUCUGACACUCUCAGCGCGAACAAAGUGUUUAGAGAUAUGGGCAAUGAUAGUAGAAAUGAAGUAACUUGGUGCUCGCUUCUGUCUGCGUAUAUGAGUUCUGGAGAGUUUGAAUCUGGCGUUGAUGUUUUUGAUGAAAUGCCGAAAAGGGUUGUGUAUGCGUGGAAUAUAAUGAUCUCUGGUCAUGCCCAAUGUGGAAAGGUUGAAUCUUGUUUAAGUUUAUUCAGAGAGAUGUUGCUGGAGAGUGAGUGUGAACCGGACUGUUAUACGUUUAGCUCUCUGAUGAACGCUGCUUGUGGUGGUGAUUCAUCGAGUCUUGUUUAUGGACGGAUGGUUCAUGCUGUUAUGGUGAAGAGCGGGUGGGACUCUGCGGUUGAGGCGAAGAACUCUGUUUUGAGCUUCUACGCGAAAGUAGGAUGCAAAGAUGAUGCUCUGAGAGAGUUUGAGUCUAUUGAAGUCUUGACUCAGGUGUCUUGGAACUCUGUUAUCGACGCGUGUAUGAAAACAGGAGAUACAGAGAGGGCUCUUGAGGUUUUUAAACUAGCUCCUGAGAGAAAUAUCAUUACUUGGACUACUAUGAUUGCAGGGUACGGUAAGAACGGCGAUGGAGAGCAAGCACUGAGGUUUUUCGUUGAGAUGAUGAGAUCUGAAGUGUAUUCUGAUCAUUUUGCGUAUGGUGCUGUUCUUCACGCGUGUUCAGGAUUAGCUCUUUUAGGACAGGGGAGAAUGAUACACGGUUGUUUGAUCCAUCGUGGCUUUCAAGGCUAUGCUUAUGUCGGUAACGCUUUGGUUAAUUUGUAUGCUAAAUGUGGAGAUAUCAACGAAUCAAACCGUGCGUUUGGUGAUAUAGGUAACAAAGAUUUGGUCUCUUGGAACACGAUGAUUUUCGCGUUCGGUGUCCACGGGUUAGCAGAGGAAGCUCUAAAGCUAUGUGAAGACAUGAUAGCGUCAGGGACUAAACCAGACAAAGUGACGUUCAUUGGGUUGCUGACAACUUGCAGCCAUUCAGGGCUUGUGGAGGAAGGAUGCAAAAUUUUUAAAUCUAUGGUUGAAGAUUAUGGAGUCGCAUUGGAAGUAGAUCAUGUAACAUGUAUGAUAGAUAUGUUUGGGAGGAGUGGGCAUCUAGCAGAAGCAAAGGAGCUGGCUACAGCUUACAACUCACUCGUCAAUAACGCUAGUAGUAAUAAUAAUAGUUCAUGGGAAGCUCUUUUGGGUGCUUGUUCUACGCAUUGGCACACAGAGUUAGGCAGAGAAGUCAGCAAAGUUCUGAAGAUAGCGGAGCCAAGCGAGGAGAUGAGUUUUGUUCUGUUGUCUAACUUGUACUGCUCUAGUGGGAGGUGGAAGGAAGCAGAAGAUGUGAGGAGAGAAAUGGUUGAGCGAGGCAUGAAGAAAACACCUGGAUGUAGCUGGAUAGAAGUAGGAAACCAAGUGUCAGCUUUUGUAGUCGGUGACUGUACUUCACACCCACGCAUUAAUGAGCUUUCGGAAACUUUGAGAUGCCUUCAAUAUGACAUGAUAAACCCUGUAACGUUUGGACCUUGAGAAAUUGUAAGCAGACACAAAAACUGUUCAUACACAUUCACUAUUGUAUCGGUAACAUGAAAACGAGCUUACCUUCUUUUCAUGAAAAACAUGAAGUUGUGUUAACUUAAAAUCUAAUUAUUCCAAACAGACAAUGUCUACAUCUCUCUCACCUACUAGUCAAAAUGGUAGAUUGAAUUUGACUAAGAUCACGUGGGCCUUAUAGGUCGUACUGAACUUGUUAGUAAUGAUUUUAUAUCCCUAUUCUCUCUAACUUUAUUUUCUUCUUGCGUCAGUCAAUGUUUCUCCACUACCAUUCUUUGGUUGGAAAUUUUCUGUAUAUUCAUAUAUUUGCAGUCGCACUAAUUGAUUUGUAAGCUUGUUGGAAAAAAAAAAACAGUACUGCAGAAUAGUUUCUUAACUUAAUUGCUUUUAUGUUUGUCAGCAUUACUUAGGUUGCCUUAAUCAGAAAGCGUGUAGGAAAAAAGACAUUGGGUAUGAUUUUCUUAAUCUUAAGGUGGACUAAUAGAGUAAUAUUAUCACUUAGUUUACUUUUUUAUUUUGUCAACAAUAUUUAGUUUGAAACCGUGUAGAAGAAAAAGUACAAAAUCUCCUCUUGUUAGAUUUAGGUUUAUUAUGGUCUUUCAACUUAAAACUAAUUGGCAAUUAGUGGAUUGACCCUAACCUUUUAUAUAAUAGUAGAUUAAUUCUUAUAUUUCCUAUGUGGAUGUUUCUCAUCAUAGCUCUCUUCUUAUUUAGUCUCUCUGCCGAGAAUCUGUACCAGAAAAGAUGGAUACCUACAGGUCUGAUGUCCAAAUUGGUGCUGGAAGGAGCUUGAGGCACCAUGACGAGAUCUUUCAUGGCUGCUCCACCACCGCCAUAUCGAUAAUCUGCGGGUACUCUCCCUUUCUUUUCCUAGCCAAAUAUAAGUUAAACAGAGUGCUUAUGGCUUAUUCUGAUUUGAUAUGUUCUACGUCAUAUCAUAAUGUUUACAUAUUGAAUCCGUUUGUUUAAGAGUAAAAUGUACAGUUAGGAAGGUGUUUUGCACUAGGUUCCUCUAUUUUUUUUUUUGAUAAUUUCCUUUUCCUGAUUUAUAAAAAUAGUGUAAUUAGGAUCCUGAUCUGUAAACAUAGUAUAAUUAGAGUUCUGAUUUUUUAAUUUAUAAUAAUACAUUGUUUUUUUUGGCACAAGGCCCAUAGUCUAACUGAGCCGGGCCUGAAAGUGGAUAUACGUGUUUCUAUCACAUUGUCUUGUCUUUUGAUGAUCUUCACUACUAUGCAAUGCAUGUGAGGAUUAGCUCCCACAGUAAUACCACAAACGGUGUUAGUGUCAUAGCCGUUCAACCGGAUCGCACUGCCUCCUUCUUCAGUUGGAUGCGACAUGGGUUGACGUUUCCGGUGUCUUCGCCAACUUCCUCCGCAACCCAGCUUGCCGCUUCCUCGGUUUUCAUCCGGAUCCGGUCCUUGGGAGAAACCUUGCCAUCCCCAACUACUACCGCAUCAUCAAUCAUGGUUUUGCAGUGCCGGUCUAAUGGUUUAUACUGCCUGAAACCAAAAUAAAAAAUUAUGCCCUUAUAAAUAUUUGAUCAAGAAGACAAAAUAAUAUCAAGCAACAAAGAAAAUCAAAUUUCAUAAACUAUUUAUAUAAGCUAUUGAAAUUCAUGA